GUGUAUAUUACACUACAGCAGUGUUUUAAAGUGUCCCGUUUGACCAUAAAACCGGACAAGUGAAGAAAAAGGCGAGCGGGUAACGCGGGGAGUCAGUUGACACAGUCUGUGGGGAUUCAGACUCCCGCUCUUUCGCAUCUCGCUGCUGUCAUCUCUAAUAAUGGAGGAGCCCCAUUCUCACUGCAUGUCCUGCAUAAACAGGCGAUGCAUGCUCAAACCUGAACCCGGCACGUCCUGUGACCUCAUCAGCUGCUCUUUUGUUUGUGGCGCCAUCUUCCACAGCUGCAAGGCUACUGAACACAAGCUGCUAUGCCCGCUGGAAAGGGUGCCUUGUCUUAACCAGAGCAUUGGCUGCCCUUUUACCCUUGCCCGUGGCCAGAUGGCAGAGCACCUUGAGGUGUGUCCUGCAGGUGUGGUGUGCUGCUCUAUGGAGUGGAAUAGGUGGCCAGUGAACGACAAGGAUUAUCGUUCGUACGAGCGACUGAGUCAAGAAGCAGAUGAGGUGGAGCAGCUGGACAUGGCGCUCGCCCUUCAGGACCAGCGCACCAUGUUGGCAUCUCUCAAACUCGUGUCUCUGGCUCCCACUAGCGGUCCAGAGAAAAACACUGGACAAACCGAAAAGCCUGGUCAAGUCUCAACUGCGGAAUCUCCAAGUGCGCAGGUGGAAACUGUUGAGAUGGAGCACGCAGCAGGCUGCUCUAAAGACAAGAUAUCUAAUGGGAUUAAUGGUCUAAAGGAAGAGCAUUACGGAGAGCUUUACCAAACCACGGUAGAGACAACCAAAAGCCUGACUGCAGCUCUGAACGUCCUGAUCCACCUCAAUUCUACAGAUACAGACUGCACAGCUAAUAAUGUGUCAGCUGCACUUCCAGAGCGCAAUGGGGAACUACAUGAGAGGGUGAGAACUACAGAAGACUCAAAAAUAGCCAGCGGAGUCAAUGGUCUAAAGGAGGAGCUACAGCCUCAACAGCACCACAAACUCAUGGAGCUCGGCAGGAGCUUGGCAUCUGCCCUCGGUGCACUGGGAGAUGCGGUUAAAGGCACUGAGCCUGUUAGCGGCUCGAUAGUUAUUGAGAACGGUGAGCUCAUCCCGUCAGAAACCUUGGAGGCUGUGGAUGUUGAAAUGGUUGAAUCUGGGGCUGUUGGGGGAUUGGAUGGUGGAGAGACCGCUUUAGAUGUUCUUGCUCAUGCGGCAGCAGAUGAGUGUUGCCCAGACAUGUUAGUGGACCUAGAUAGGCAAGGUUUCUGCAAUGGCUCUCAUAGUAUGGUAGAUCACCUAAUGGAUUCUACUACAAAUCACAAUCAAAUCCCAGAGUCCCGAGGCUCUUGGGAGAUUGUUGGCCCUUUAGUUCCCCAUAGACCUGAGAUCAGACAUGACCAACAUGCUUUCUUGAUCCAGGAGGCCUCUGGAUCACAAGCCCCAUUGCUUCAGCAGCCUGUACACGCUCAGACUCUGACGGUCCAGAGAGACGUUGAGCUGCCUUCAAUGGCAUUAGACUUUGAGGAUCGGGCUUUUGAGAGGAAACUCCAAAACCUGCAGUUUCUGCGCAGUUUUAUGCCACUUGCUCUUAAUGGACGAAAGAGCUCUUUUACCGAAUCGUUCCCCUAUAGAAAUCCACGCUGCAAAAUGGAGGACAAAGCUGUGGAUACGUCAGAUUUAGAUCAGGAGCCGGUGGAUGACCCUAUGGGACUUGGAGAAAUUGACUUCACGGCAGCCGCACUUCUAUUCUGCCUUGAGGAGUCGCCGAGAGCUCGGAGGAUAUCCGACACGGUUUACGCAUUCGGGGGAACGCGUGUUGAUUUCGGCACCCAGACGUUUAGUUUUCCUGCUGCCAUCUUGGCAACGAGUACGAUGGUUGGAGAGGUCGCGUCCGCAUCCGCUUGCGAUCGAGCUGCACCACGCCUUUCGCAACCAAGUCCGUUUUGCACACUUCGCCUUGAUCUGACUCUGGAGCAGCUCGUGCCUCGUCCAAGCUGGGCUCCACGUGAGGGCUCGAUGUUUACCUUCGAAUGCGGACAACUCUUCCGCCGAGAAGAGUUCCUCUCGCAUUUCCAUAACGUUCACGGAGAUAUCCACUCUGGACUCAACGGCUGGAUGGAGCACCGCUGCCCGUUAGCGUAUUACGGCUGCACGUUCUCCCAGCGCAGAUUCUGCCCAUCCACACAAGGGUCGAAGAUUGUUCAUGACCGCCACCUCAGGUCAUUCGGGGUGCAGCCUGUCUUGGAUCCUGUGACAGAACCCAAGUGUGAUCACCUUAGUGGAUUGCCGUUUGAAGUACUUCAACACGUAGCCCGGUUCCUGGAUGGCUUUAGCCUGUGCCAGCUGUCGAUGGUGUCUCGAACAAUGAGGGACGUUUGUGCCAGUCUGCUGCAGAGCCGGGGCAUGGUGGUGGUGCAGUGGGAAAAGAAGCAGUGCUUGGAUGGUAGACGAACCUGGCAGAUCAAGGACAAGGUUUGGCGUUUCAGUACAGCCUUCAGCCCGGUUAACAGGUGGGAGUUUGCUGACAUCUCUAGCAUGGCGGACCACCUGAAACGCUGCCCAUACAAUGAAGUCCUCCGACAAGUGGAGGCCGUCCCGCUGCCCUGCAUGUGCACGACCCGAGAGCUAACACGGGACGGCAGAUCACUGCGGUCUGUUCUCAAACCAGUGUCAUAACACAACGCAAACUGAAACGCUACAGUAUCUUCCAUCUACAAAACACUAUCACUUUGUAAAUAAAAGGAAACAAAGUA